AUGUUGGAACAGGAUUAUAUUGAGGGGUUUGGGUAUAGGGGUAUUGGGAGCAAGAUUUCCCAAGAAACCUGGGGGGACCACUCUUGUCCCUCGAGACACGUCACUCGGUUGACUCACCGUCGACGUCAACGCCCACGAGUCUGGUACCACCCGUCACGGCUUACUGCUGGACCAAAUCACCGAAGGAAUCCACCAUCCGGUAUCCCUCACCAGAAACUAGACAAAGGUGUAGUAGCCUACAACACACAUAACAAAUACAAAUGCCCGUUUAGCUCAGUUGGUUAG